AUGAGCGGAUCUUCAGACGUCAUCAUGCAUUUUGGACCAGAAGCUGAUAAACCAGAAAUUGUCACUGCAUUAGAGAAACUAACGAAGCUGCAUGCAUUAACGAUCGAGGAUCUAUUCAUUAAAUGGGAGCAAUUCUCCAAUCAAAGACAUCAAACCCAUACCGACUUGACUUCCAAGAAUAUAGAUGACUUUAAACACUUUCUACAACUACAGAUGGAAAAGCGUGCCAAUCUUGUUUCCUCAACUUCUAAGAUAAAACUAUCAACAAAGAAACCCGUUCUAAAGAAAAGUUUGAAUUCAAGCCCUUUGUUUGGUCUUAGUAUUCCGAGAACGCCCACUUUGAAAAAAAGAAAACUGCACGAUCCUUCUUCAGUCAGUGGCUCUAAGAAAACUUUCAGUGCAGGCUCUGAAGUUGAGCUAAGUGAAAAAGGAAAUAGCUCUUUGAAAUUGGAGUUUACUCCAGGUUUGUUGGAGAAUAGCGAAGAUGUUAAGGUUCCGCCGUUAGACGCUAAAAGCAUCGACGUAACGACUCUCAAUCCCUCAACAUUCCAAACCCCAACAACAAACACACCAACUGCAUUAAAACAGAGCACUACUGGCGGUAAGAUUCUGGAUUCGCUCAAUCCAGAGAGCAUCGAGAUAUCUCCCGGUAAUCUCAACACAAGCCUUGAUCCGACUGGAGAAUUACCAUUCAAUGAGGCAAAAGUCGAACCUUUUUAUGAUGCUAAGAAGUAUAGAUUCAGAACGAUGAGACAAAACUUACAGGAAGCUUCCGAUGUCCUUGAUGAUCAGAUCGACUCAUUCGCUAAGAUCAUUCAAAAUCAUUACAAGUUAUCUCCAAAUGAUUUUGCCGAUCCAACUAUUCAAUCCCAGUCUGAGAUUUAUACUGUUGGCAGAAUUGUUCCAGACUCGCCUACCUAUGACAAGUUUUUAAAUCCGGAAUCGCUUGCCUUAGAAACGUCAAGAAUUGGAGGUGUUGGUAGACGAGUGAGAUUAGACCUAUCACAGAUAAACGAGCUUUCGUUAUUCCUAGGACAAAUUGUAGCAUUAAAAGGUAAAAAUGCUAAUGGAGAUUACUUCACCGUCGAUUCUACACUAACGCUGCCUUACCCGAAUUCACCGGUAUCUACACCACAAGAGUUACAAGAAUAUCAGGCAAAUUUAGAAGGUUCUUCCUUAAAGGUUAUUGUCACAUGUGGUCCAUACUUUGCCGACGAUAGCUUUUCCUUAGAGCUUCUGCAAGAUUUUAUUAGUCGUAUAAAUAAUGAAGCGAAACCUCACGUCUUGAUCAUGUUCGGUCCAUUUAUCGACAUCACUCACCCCCUCAUAGCAAGUGGAAAAUUGCCCAAUUUCCCUCAAUUUAAAGCGCAGCCAAAAACUUUAGAUGAACUAUUUUCCAAGUUAUUUGCACCUAUCUUGAAAACCAUUUCAUCACAUAUUCAAGUUAUACUGAUACCUUCCACAAGAGAUGCGAUCUCCAAUCAUGCUGCAUAUCCACAGGCCUCUUUGCUCAGAAAAUCUUUACAGUUGCCAAAGAAAAACUUUAAAUGCGUAACUAAUCCUUCCUCCUUCCAAAUAAACGAAAUAUAUUUUGGUUGCUCGAAUGUGGAUACUUUCAAAGAUCUAAAGGAGGUCAUAAAAGGUGGUACUACCUCAUCAAGGUACAGGCUGGACCGUGUCUCGGAGCAUAUUUUACAACAACGAAGAUACUAUCCCGUAUUCCCAGGUAGCAUUCGUACAAGGGUAAAAGCAGAAAACUCAUCUGUGAAAAAGAAGACCAACUAUAUGAAAAAUAAUGAAGAAAAAGUUUAUGAACAUAUAUCAGGUGUGGACUUGGAUGUAGGCUAUUUGGGGCUGACAGAGUUUGUUGGUGGGUUCUCACCUGACAUAAUGAUUAUACCAAGUGAACUACAAUAUUUUGCGAGAGUUGUUCAAAAUGUGGUCGUAAUAAAUCCUGGUAAAUUUAUUAGGGCAACUGGCAACAGAGGUUCUUAUGCACAAAUUACUGUGACUUCUCCGGAUCUUGAGGAUGGGAAGCUAACGCUUAUAGAAGGUGAAGAACCUGUCUACCUUCAUAAUGUGUGGAAACGUGCUAGAGUUGACCUAAUUACUAGCUAG